CAACUCAAGAUAGUUGCGGUCUGAACUCGCCGGAGUGAGCAACAUGAACUGCGUGAGAUUCAUCUUUGUGCUGAGCUGCCUUUGGCUCGGUGAUUCGUUCGCCAGUGAUCCGGAUGACCCUCUGCUGUUGGUGGAGCUUCCACAGGGGAAGCUGCGUGGUCGCGAUAAUGGGAACUACUACAGCUACGAGUCGGUUCCCUAUGCCGAAUCCCCCACGGGUGAGCUGCGAUUCGAGGCUCCGAAGGCGUACAAACAAAAGUGGUCCGAGACCUACGAUGCCACCCAGCCACCGGUGGUGUGCCUGCAGUGGGAUCAGUUCACCCAGGGAGACAAUAAGCUGGCCGGAGAGGAGGACUGCCUGACCGUCAGCAUCUACAGGCCGAAGAACAGCAGCAGGAGCAGCUUUCCGGUGGUGGCCCACAUUCACGGAGGAGCCUUCAUGUUCGGGGCGGCAUCGCAGAAUGGACACGAGAACGUGAUGCGUGAGGGCAAAUUCAUACUGGUGAAGAUAAGCUAUCGCCUGGGGCCAUUGGGUUUCGCGAGUACCGGUGACUCGGAUUUGCCGGGGAACUAUGGACUGAAAGAUCAACGCCUGGCUCUGCAAUGGAUCAAGCAAAAUAUAGCCAGUUUUGGUGGUGAGCCGGAGAAUAUUCUACUUAUUGGUCACUCUGCUGGUGGAGCUUCGGUGCAUCUACAGCUGCUGCGGGAAGAUUUCGCCCAGUUGGCCAAGGCGGCGAUCUCGUUUAGCGGAAAUGCCCUGGAUCCUUGGGUUGUUCAGGGGGGAGCUCGAGGCAGAGCCUUCGAACUGGGUCGCAUUGUGGGUUGUGGACUGGCUGCGGACUCGGCCGUGCUCAAGAAGUGCCUUAAAUCCAAGACGGCCAGUGAAUUGGUUACCGCCGUACGAAACUUCCUCAUCUUCUCCUAUGUGCCCUUUGCACCAUUUAGUCCUGUGAUCGAGCCAUCGGAUGCUCAGGACGCCUUCCUCACCCAAGAUCCCCGUGAGGUGAUUGAGAGCGGAAAGUUCGGACAAGUUCCCUGGGCAGUGACCUAUGUGACAGAGGAUGGUGGCUACAAUGCCGCCUUGCUUUUGGAGGAUUGGAACAAAUCUGGAAAGACGGUGCUUGAGGAACUCAACGAUCGCUGGUUCGACUGGGCGCCAUAUUUACUGUUCUACAGGGAUUCCAAAAAGACCAUCAAAGAAAUGGAUGAUUACUCCCGGAAAAUUCGGCAGGAUUACGUAGGCAAUCAGAGAUUUAGUACCGGAAACUAUUGGGAACUGCAGCAGCUGUUCACGGAUAUUCUUUUCAAGAACAGCACACAGGACUCUUUGGAUCUUCACCGGAAAUAUGGAAAGAGUCCCGCCUACGCCUUUGUGUAUGAUAAUCCAGCCGAUAGAGGAAUUGCACAGGUGCUGACCAGUCGAAGGGAUGUUAAUUUUGGAACCGUGCAUGGUGACGACUACUUUUUGAUAUUCGAAAACGUUGUAAGAGAUCCCCAAUUGCGUCCGGAUGAGGAAAUCAUUUCUAGAAAUUUCAUCAAUAUGCUAGCGGACUUUUCUCUCAGUGAGAAUGGCAUUUUGAAAUACGGUGAAUGUGUUUUUGAAGAUAAUGUGGGAAGUGAGAAAUUCAACUUAUUAUCCAUAGACAGGGAGGGAUGUGAGAAUAAAAAAUUUGUAGAAUUUCCCUAA